AUGCCAUUGCCCAGGCCAAAGAGACGACGAGUAGCUAGGAAGCCUGAGACAAAUGACAGAUCUCAGUCGACGGGGCGGUCACUUCCACCGCCGGAUCAUCCGAUCUGUGAUAUUCUCCGUCUGAGUGGACGGCUGUCAUGUACACCAGUUGAACUUGAUGGUGCCUUAGAAAGAAUAUGGGGAAAGCGCGAAGAUGAAGCAACACUAGCCGUUCGGGCAAGGAUGGGACUUCCCUACACGCCACUAGAAGAACUAGACCGUGCUGUUAAAGCAUACUUCAGCGAUGGCCUUUUUGUUGCUUCGACUAAAUUUGUUACUCUUCAACAGUCCGUAUUGUGUGGGGAAUCCGCAAUUCUCCUGGGAGAGAAC